GGCCGGAAGUGGAGCCGGGGGAACGGGGGAGGAAGCAACUCCGCGGCGGUGCGGAGAACUGCGGUCUCUGCCCCUCCCUCUUGGUGGGCAGCCUGCGCUGUCUCCCGGGGAUACCCGACUCGGCCACCCCCUCAAGCAACGUGGGAGGCCCAGCAGUGCCAUGUCUGAGCUGAAGGAUUGCCCCCUUCAGUUCCAUGAUUUUAAGUCUGUGGACCAUCUGAAGGUAUGCCCACGAUACACAGCAGUGCUGGCCCGCUCAGAGGACGAUGGCAUCGGCAUUGAAGAACUUGAUACCCUGCAGCUGGAGCUGGAAACACUGCUGUCAUCUGCUAGUCGCCGACUCCGGGUGUUGGAGGCUGAGACGCAGAUCCUGACGGAUUGGCAAGACAAGAAAGGGGACAGGCGAUUUCUGAAGCUGGGCAAGGAACACGAGUUGGGUACUCCUAUCAAGCAUGGCAAACCCAAGAAGCAGAAGCUAGAAGGGAAAGGAGGCCACAGCACAGGGCAGGGCCCCGGUCGGCCCAAAUCAAAAAACCUGCAGCCAAAACUCCAAGAGUACGAAUUCCCAGAUGACCCAAUUGAUGUGCCACGCAUUCCCAAAAAUGAUGCACCAAAUAGAUUCUGGGCCUCGGUGGAGCCGUAUUGCUCUGACCUCACCAGUGAGGAGGUGCGUACUUUGGAAGAGCUCCUCAAACCUCCGGAGGAUGAGGCCGAGCACUACAAGAUCCCACCCUUGGGGAAGCACUACUCUCAGCGCUGGGCCCAGGAGGACUUGUUAGAAGAGCAGAAAGACGGAGCUCGGGCUGCAGCUGCCGCCGAUAAGAAAAAAGGCAUCUUGGGGCCACUAACAGAGCUGGACACGAAAGAUGUCGAUGCUCUGCUGAAGAAGUCAGAGUCCCAGCAUGAACAGCCUGAGGAUGGUUGCCCGUUUGGCCCUCUGACCCAGCGUCUCCUGCAGGCCCUUGUUGAGGAAAACAUAAUCUCCCCCAUCGAAGAUUCCCCUAUUCCAGAGAUGGCCAGCAAGGAUUCUGCGGGUGAUGGGGCCAGCACCUCCCCUCGCAGCCAGAACAAGCCCUUCAGUGUGCCCCACACAAAGUCCCUGGAGGGCCGCAUCAAGGAAGAGCUGAUUGCUCAAGGCCUGCUGGAGUCGGAGGACCGGCCUGCCGAAGACUCUGAAGACGAGGUGUUGGCCGAGCUGCGGAAGAGGCAAGCUGAGCUCAAGGCCUUGAAUGCGCACAACCGAGCCAAGAAACUUGAGCUGCUCAGGCUGGCCAAGGAAGAGCUACAUAGGCAGGAGCUGCGGCAGCGGGUACGGAUGGCAGACAAUGAGGUCAUGGACGCCUUCCGCAAGAUCAUGGCGGCACGCCAGAAGAAGCGCACACCGACCAAGAAGGAGAAAGACCAGGCCUGGAAGAGUCUCAAGGAACGCGAGAGCAUCCUUAAGCUGCUAGAUGGCUGACUUUGGGGUCUGGAUACAAGCCACGUUGUUCAGGCUCGUCUGUUUGAGCCGCAACCUAGGCCCUACCAUAAGGGCCAGGUGCACACUGCCAAUACAGACUGCAGCAGCUCCCUCCAUCGGCUUUCCAGUGUGCUCUUUGUGCCCUCUUUGGUUGUGCUGCAGCCAGAGUCCCAGACAAACCUGGGCUUUUGGGAGCCAUCGUGUUUCUUCCUGCAGACUGCUGCAACCAUUGGUGCUGUCAAGAUGGGGCCUGCCUUUUGCUGAAAGCCACAGUUCCCACCCUAGAUUAUCUAUAGGUUUUUGUGGCUUGGCAUCAGGGCAGGACAUUAUAACCUGCAUUUUAUCAGCUUUCAGAGCUGGCAGGCAGCACAAACUGAAGGGAUGUUCUCAAGAGCUGCCUUGGAUCUUUAUUAACAUUAUACCCAACUGCUGUUCUCUCCUUGCCCUGCUUUUGUGUGAGCCACUAGCCGCUACAGGCAGAAUGCAUUCUGGGAACAGAAUUCUGCAAUGCCAUACCUUUAAAGUCUGUGUGUCCCUCUCCCGCCUCCUAUGUUGCAGCAGAUGCACAUUCUUAACCUGACAAUUGGGGGUAGGCCUGAGUUAAAUGGGCCUGUGUAGCUUGGAAUUUGGAACCAGCUUCUUCCCUGAGUGGUGCCUGCAGUAUCGAGUGCUGAGCAGUAGAGGGAGCUAUGUACUUCCUGAUGUCACUUGUUGAGCUCUAGCACUGGUCCAAGCACCAGCUGAGAGCGUGGAGUGCAGCACCCUACAUAGAAGAAGAGAGUCCGAGACAGUUCUUGAUGGCUCUGCUUUAUUUCCUGUUCUGGUUAGCUGUUUCCUGUGGUGAUGGUAGGUCACACAUUAGUUUCCAUCCCCUCCCUUCUACUCAUCUUGAUAACUUUGAAAAAGGGGGUUGGCCCCUUAGAACUUGCCAUAAGGGAUGACUGUAGGUCCUUGAUUAAAGAGGACCAGAGCUCUGGGUCAAGUGGAGGCCAUACAACACGACAGGUAUGAGCAGAUGCGGGGGCGAGGGGUUAGGCAUUUUGGGAAGAGUGGAGUUGGAUCCAGUCACCCAACUCACCUGUGUCCAUCACACCUCCGUGCAAAUCAGUAAUGAAUAUCCAAGGAGGAAUUUUGGGGAGCAGGGCAUUCUCCCACAAUGCUUUGCUUUGCUCCAGGCAUGCUUUAUUUUUUUAGAACAGGCUGCUGCAGAGCCAGUGGGUAAGCUGUGCAACAGGGAAACUGGAACUCCCCCCAGACCUGCUCUGCAGGGAAGUUGAAAGGACACUGGCUGUGCAGGGGCCACCCAAGUGGGCUAAGACUGCUUCCUGCAAACUUGUGGGAGAACACUCAAUUAUGGGAGCAGCCCAUCUGGCCAAGCUGUACCAGAUAGGGGUGGGGGUGGGGCAGCAGGGCAAGCCACCGAUGCUUUUGGGUGACAGCAGAACACAGCCUGCCAUUGGCUUCUUGAAGGCAGGAGGACGGGUGAGAUGUCUGGUUUUGCCCUCCCUGUUGAUUCUUGUCCCGUUGCCCCUUCUUUGUCUUGGCUGCUCCAGAAGGGCCAUGUUCACCAUUACAAUGUUCAGUCCUAAGACAAUGCAGCACCUGGGUGGCACCUGUUGCAAUUGGAUGACGGAGCUACUGCAGCACAGUCAGAACACCUCGGUGGGAGAAUCUAGAGCAGGCAUUUAGCUUUACAUCAGACACUGUCUUGCUUUGGUGUCCAGUUACCUGUUGCUGCCUUCUCAGUGUUUGAUGGGGCUUUUGCUACCUGUUCACAGAAGCAUACUUUGUUUUCUUUUUUAAAAAAUGUGGAACCUUUUGCCCUCUGGUACCAGCAGGUUUCAGAGCUGUCCUGUUGUGUUUGUUUUCAGGAAGGUUUUGUGAGUAUGUCAGAGUGGUUUUGGGAAUAGCCAGGAAUUGGGAUUGGUGGAAAGAGUCUGAAGGCAUUCUCCACAUAUACUGCAGUGUGUGGCUGUUGUGUCAACAUGGUGCCUCACAAGAAUUCUCCCAGAAUAAACCGUUUGACUACAGGA